UGCUUAAAUACAACAUUCCUGAUAAAAAGCUUGUUGUCUUAGAUAACAUAUCUUUAUAAAGAACUUGAGAUAGUAUUCUUCGAAAGACCAUUCAGUAUUCCUUAAAUUUUCUUAAAUUGAAUUUUGCUUGUUAUAAUGUGAGUGAAAUUUUCGUAUUGUCUCUUUAUUAUUAUAUGUAGAAUAUGCUACUUUAUUAUACAUAUUGGAUACAUUGAACAAAGUGAUACAUUUAUGCGAGCUUUCUUACCUUUUCCAAAUCAGCUGCAAUGUCCAAAUUGAUGUUAUUGCUGUCAAAACACAAAUUGAUAAUAACAAUAUUAGUCGGUGUGACUGUCGGGAUAUUAUACGGUCUGAGUCUGAAACAUAGCGGAAGAUCAUGGUCCCAGCGAGAUAUUAUGUAUAUCAAAUUUCCCGGAGAAAUGUUUCUCAGGAUGGUGAAUUGCUUAAUAUUGCCGCUUGUCACAUCAAGUAUUAUAAGUGCCACUUGUAAUUUGACCAAAUCUGGACCUAUUGGAUUAAUGGCAUUGUGUUAUUAUCUAACAACUACUACGAUUGGAAUAAUUUUAUGUGUUACGCUUGUUGAGAUUAUUCGACCGGGUGAAUUAAUGAGAAAUGAAGAAGACAGUACGCUAACGUCCACGAAAACUUUUAUGACAAUGGAUACAAUUCUUGAUUUAUUACGUAAUCUUCUUCCUGAAAAUUUAGUAAAUGCAUGCAUGUAUCAGUACCAAACUGUUUUAAAACAACCAACGAAUGUAUCAGUACCGAUAGAAGAAUGGCCCAUAACAAGCGAAUAUGUAGCAGGAACAAAUGUUUUAGGCUUGGUAUUUCACAGUCUUUUAUUAGGUCUGGCAAUCGGUAAGAUAGAUGCAAGAGGAAAACCACUGGCAGACUUUUUCAGUUCCUUGGCUGAUGUCACAAUGAAAAUUAUGAAAUGGAUCACAAUGAUAGCACCUGUAGGCAUAUCAUUUCUUAUUGCCGGUCGAAUGCUGGAGAUAAAUGAUUUCAGUGAUAUAAUAAGCCAUCUCGGAUUUUAUAUAUUAACUGUGUUCGUUGGACUACUACUGCAAGGUUUCGUAAUUCUGCCCUUUCUUCACUGGAUCAUCACACGCAGAUCAUCAUAUAAAAUCAUAUCCAAACUUGGCCCAAGUUUUGCAACAGCCAUUGGAACGUCGUCAAGCUCUGCUACUGUUCCCUACACAAUAAGAUGUCUAGAAGAGCUGGGUAUAAAUUCCAAAAUAAUAAAAUUCAUUAUACCGAUUGGAGCGGCAAUAAAUAUGGAUGGAAUAGCUUUGUAUGAAUCUAUUGGAGCAAUAUUUAUUAUACAGUUACGUGGGCUGCAAUUCUCACUGUUGAAAAUAAUAAUUAUCAGUAUUACAUGUACGGUAUCCUGCGUGGGUGCUGCCGGCAUACCCAGCGGUGGUUAUAUGAUGUUAAUAAUGGUAUUAAAUUCUAUAGGUGUGCCUGUAGAAGAUGUUACACUAAUUAUUGCCAUCGAUUGGUUUGUUGAUCGUUUCAGAACGACAGUCAAUAUUAUUGGUGAUGCGCUUGGCGCAAGUAUUAUAUCUCAUUUUUGCAAGAAAGACCUGGAAGAAGAUCUGGAAGACGAGAUAUGUCCGCUAAAAACAAAUAUUCGUAAUAUAUCUAUAUAAACAUUCGUAAUAUAUCUAUAAAAAU